AUUUGCUGUGGGAAGCUGCGUCUAACAUACUCCAGGACAGCCGUCGAAAGCGUCAGUUAAGCAGUAUCGACAGAGACCGAGAGAGAAAUGGCAUCUGGAUGGGGAAUCAGUGGGAACAAAGGGAGGUGCUAUGAUUUCUGGGCGGACUUCAGCGAAUGCAUGUACCGUUGCAGGGAGCCCAAAGACUGUUCUCUUCUCCGUGAGGACUACCUCGAGUGCCUCCACCACGCCAAAGAGUUCCAACGAAGAAACCAUAUUUACAAGGAAGAGCAGAGGAAACUAAGAGCUGCUACACGGAAAGAGGGUGGGGAUGGUGUUGAUAGUCAUCCCACUGGCCAUAAUUUAUAAUCAUUUUGAUUUUCAAGAGUAAAUAACAUGGAGAUCGGGACUGGUGUUCUAAACGGUGUGUGCAAUAAGGCCGAUAGUUUUACCUUCAUAUGCAGACAGAUUGAUGUGCUUGAUUGACCAAUUUAGCCACAGUUUAAUGUGAUGAUAUUUGAAGCCUUGUUCUUCC